CGAUAUAGAGGGACUGGUUAUGAGAAGAGAAGCUGACAUGAAUGCCCAAAACAAAGUUGAUGAAACGGCACUGCGCGUAGCCAUUCAGCAGGGGCACAAAGAUAUCGUACUACUCUUCAUAGAUCAGGGUGGCGAUGUCAACGUGAAAGAUAAAUUCGGCCAGACACCGCUUCAUUUUGCUGUGCAAAGAGGACGAGAAGAAAUUUGCAGGUUGCUGAUCGAGAGAGGGGCUGACGUGAAUGCCAAAGACAAAAAUGAACAAACGGCACUGCACCUAGCCAUUCAAGAGGCACGCAUAGAUAUCGUACAAAUCCUCGUAGAUCAGGGUGCCGAUGUAAAUUUGAAAACUGAGGGGGGUCAGACACCGCUUCAUUUUGCUGUGCAAACAGGACUAGAAGGAAUUUGCAGAUUGCUAAUCGAGAGAGGAGCUGACAUGGAUGCCCAAAACAAAGGUGGUGAAACGGCACUACACCUAACCAUUCAGAAGGGACACAAAGAUAUCUUCCAACUCCUCGUAGAGCAGCGUGCCGAUCUCAACUUGAAAACUCUGUGGGGCGAGACGCCGCUUCAUUUUGCUGCGCAAACAGGACUAGAAGAAAUUUGCUGGUCGCUAGGCGUGAUAUUAGCUACCGUGAAUACCCGAAACGAAAAUGGUGAAUCGGCACUGCACCUAGCCAUUCAGAAGGGACACAAAGGUAUCGUACAAAUUCUCAUGACACAUGGUGCACAUAUCAACUUGAAAACUCGGUGGGGCGAGACGCCGCUUCAUUUUGCUGUGCAAACAGGACUAGAAGGAAUUUGCAGAUUGCUAAUCGAGAGAGGAGCUGACAUGGAUGCCCAAAACAAAGGUGGUCGCAGAGAUCAACUCAUUAGUCUCUCCAACUGUAGGCAAUAUUUUUCUUAUAGACUGUCGUGUGAAAAUGAGGAGGAGCUGAGGCCGGACGAUAUAGAGGGACUGGUUAUGAGAAGAGAAGCUGACAUGAAUGCCCAAAACAAAGUUGAUGAAACGGCACUGCGCGUAGCCAUUCAGCAGGGGCACAAAGAUAUCGUACUACUCUUCAUAGAUCAGGGUGGCGAUGUCAACGUGAAAGAUAAAUUCGGCCAGACACCGCUUCAUUUUGCUGUGCAAAGAGGACGAGAAGAAAUUUGCAGGUUGCUGAUCGAGAGAGGGGCUGACGUGAAUGCCAAAGACAAAAAUGAACAAACGGCACUGCACCUAGCCAUUCAAGAGGCACGCAUAGAUAUCGUACAAAUCCUCGUAGAUCAGGGUGCCGAUGUAAAUUUGAAAACUGAGGGGGGUCAGACACCGCUUCAUUUUGCUGUGCAAACAGGACUAGAAGGAAUUUGCAGAUUGCUAAUCGAGAGAGGAGCUGACAUGGAUGCCCAAAACAAAGGUGGUGAAACGGCACUACACCUAACCAUUCAGAAGGGACACAAAGAUAUCUUCCAACUCCUCGUAGAGCAGCGUGCCGAUCUCAACUUGAAAACUCUGUGGGGCGAGACGCCGCUUCAUUUUGCUGCGCAAACAGGACUAGAAGAAAUUUGCUGGUCGCUAGGCGUGAUAUUAGCUACCGUGAAUACCCGAAACGAAAAUGGUGAAUCGGCACUGCACCUAGCCAUUCAGAAGGGACACAAAGGUAUCGUACAAAUUCUCAUGACACAUGGUGCACAUAUCAACUUGAAAACUCGGUGGGGCGAGACGCCGCUUCAUUUUGCUGUGCAAACAGGACUAGAAGAAAUUUGCAGGUUGCUAAUCGAGAGAGGAGCUGACGUGGAUGCUCAAAACAAAGAUGGUGAAACGGCACGGCACCUAGCCAUUCAGAAGGGGCACAAAAAUAUCUUACAACUCCUCAUAGAUCAGGGUGAGGAUGUCAACGUGAAAGAUGAAUUCGGCGAGACACCGCUCCAUUUUGCGGUGCGAGUAAAACAAGAAGAAGUUUGCAGGUUGCUACUCGAAAGAGGAGCUAAAGUGGAUACCCGAAACGCAAAUGGUGAAACGGCACUGCGCGUAGCCAUUCAGAAGGGGCACAAAGAUAUCGUACAACUCUUCAUAGAUCAGGGUGCCGAUGUCAACCUGAAAGAUAAAUUCGGCCAGACACCGCUUCAUUUUGCUGUGCAAAUAGGACGAGAAGAAAUUUGCAGGUUGCUAAUCGAGAGAGGAGCUGACGUGAAUGCCAAAGGCAAUGUUGGAGAAACGGCACUGCACCUAACCAUUCGGGAGAGAUACAAAGAUAGCCUUCAAACCAGCGUACAUCAGGGUGCCGAUAUCAAUCCGGCAAAUCAGUUGAACCUGACACAAACCUAUUUUGCAGGGCUGGGAGGACCAGGAAGAAUUUGCAAGUUGCUAAUCGAGAGAGGAGCCCGCGUGAAUGCCAAAAACAAUGGUGGAAAAACGGCACUGCACCUAGCCAUUCAAGAGGCACGUAUAGAUAUCGUACAAAUCCUCGUAGAUCACAGUGCCGAUGUAAAUUUGAAAAUUGAGGGGGGUCAGACACCGCUUCAUUUGGCAGUGCUCAUAGAACUAGGAGAAAUUUGCAAGUUGCUAAUCGAGAGAGGAGCUGACGUGAAUGCCAAAGACAAUAGUGGAGAAACGGCACUGCACCUAGCUAUUCAGAAGAGCCAUAAGGAUAUAGUAGAAAUCCUCGUAGAUCAGGGUGCCGAUGUCAACUUGAAAGCUCGAUGGGGCGAGACGCCGCUUCAUCUUGCUGUGCGAGUAAAACAAGAAGAAAUUUGCAGGUUGCUACUCGAAAGAGGAGCUAACGUGGAUACCCGAAACGCAAAUGGUGAAACGGCACUGCGGGUAGUCAUUCGGAACAUACAAGAAGAUAUCGUACAAGUGCUCGCAGAUCAGAUUGCCAAUGUCAACUCGCAAACUCGAAGGGGCGAGAUACCAGAUACUGUGCAAGUAGGACAAGAAAUUUGCAGGUUGCUAAUCGAGAGAGGAGCUAACGUGUUUGCCUAAAACAAAGGUCGUGAAACUGCACUGCACCUAGCCAUUUAGAAGGGACACAAAAAUAUCGUACAACUCCUCGUAGAUCAGGGUGUCGAUGUCAACGUGAAGAAAGAAUGCGGCGAUACACCGCUUCAUUUUGCUGUGCAAGCAGGACUAGAAGAAAUUUGCAGGAUGCUAGUCAAAGGUGGCGCUGACGUAAAUGACAAAGAUGUUUCCCAAUAUCCAGCAGCUGCUAAUUAAAAUGCAGAUUGCUAGCUUGGACGUGAAUGACGGAAAUGUAGAGAAUCUUAAUAUCACUACGGAUAUGAACGAGCAAUCUCUAAAAUUUCAGGAAAAAUGUAUUGAAGAGAUAAUAAGAAUGAAAAACAUAAAAAUUAACGAUACUAUCCUAACAUUUCAUGAUAUCCUAACAAAACGCAUAGACCAAAUAGCAUUAUACGCGAGAAAUGAAGAUGUUCAGGUUUUGAAACGGAGUAAUUAUCAGAGAGAAUUUCCUAUGUACGAAGACAUAAUAGAACGUCGAUUCAAUAGAGGUAUUUUACGAAAGAAGUUGUUAGACGAGGGCGUUACAUUUUUCCGCCGUUACUUCAGUAGAGAUUAUGAUUCACUGUGUA